AUGACUCUGAUUAAUGCGGUCAGCCCAUCCCAGCUGCCCAGCCCGACUCAAUCGCCUUCUCCCGGGAUAAAAUAAUACGGAGACGGCUGACCCACAGCCUCCUGGGGCCUGGCCACUUGUUUCUGCAGGACCCUGAGACCGCGCAAUCUCUCCUUCUCAGGAGAUAUUGACGAGGACAACAACGACAGAGAUAGCGACGACUAGAAAUCAUCACCCGCGGACUGCAGGGCUUUUGUCAUCACGGUACCGACCCCAGCGACCAAGCAGCAGCCUCGCCCAUCGCCUGACGACGACCUCAAUUGCGGGGCGCGACCCAGACCGGUCUCUUUCUCUCUGCCCGCGUCCGUGGAGCUCACACCGACAGACCGACAGUCUGGUAGAGGGGGAGACACAGUACACACAUAGACGAACCCACGCGCGUGAACCACACCGCAUCGCAGGCAGACACCCCUACACCUGCACAAGCAUACAAACACACCUACACACAUACACGUACACACACACACACACACAUUGACACACACAAUGGCGGCAGCCGUCCAACAAGCCGGCGCCAAUGCCGGCCAACAGCCUCAGGUCCAACCAUGCAGGUACAAGGUUGGCAAGACACUCGGGGCAGGGUCAUACUCGGUGGUUAAGGAGUGCGUGCACAUCGACACAGGGCGGUACUAUGCCGCAAAGGUCAUCAACAAGAGGUUGAUGUCGGGGAGGGAACACAUGGUCCGCAACGAGAUCGCCGUGCUCAAGAAGGUGUCGAUGGGGCACCAGAACAUCCUGACGCUGGUCGACUACUUCGAGACGAUGAACAACCUAUACCUGGUGACGGACCUGGCGCUGGGCGGCGAGCUGUUCGACCGCAUCUGCCGCAAGGGGUCGUACUACGAGGCCGACGCGGCCGACCUGGUGCGCGCGACCCUGUCGGCCGUGGCCUACCUGCACGACCACGGCAUCGUGCACCGCGACCUCAAGCCCGAGAACCUGCUGUUCCGCACGCCCGAGGACAACGCCGACCUGCUCAUCGCCGACUUUGGCCUGAGCCGCGUCAUGGACGAGGAGCAGUUCCACGUGCUGACCACCACCUGCGGCACCCCGGGCUACAUGGCCCCCGAGAUCUUCAAGAAGUCGGGCCACGGCAAGCCCGUCGACCUGUGGGCCCUCGGCGUCAUCACCUACUUCCUGCUGUGCGGCUAUACCCCCUUCGACCGCGACAGCGACUUCGAGGAGAUGCAGGCCAUCCUCAACGCCGACUACAGCUUCACCCCCGUCGACUACUGGCGCGGCGUCUCCGACGGCGCAAAGGACUUUAUCCGCCGCUGCCUCACCAUCGACCCCGCCCGCCGCAUGACCGCCCACGAGGCCCUGCAGCACCCCUUCGUCGUCGGCUACAUGACCGGCGACGGCUCCGACAAGGGCGCCAACCUGCUGCCCACCGUCAAGAAGAACUUCAACGCCCGCCGCACCCUGCACGCCGCCAUCGACACCGUCAGGGCCAUCAACAAGCUGCGCGAGGGCCAGGCCGCCGCGGGCCUCAUGGACGGCGCCAGGAGCCAGGAGCCCACGAGGGGGGGUGGUGGUGGCGCGGCCUCCCCGCCCGCCAGGAAGGAGGACAGCGGCGUCAGCAUGGCCAGCAGCCGCAACAACGACUCGGGCUACGCCACCCAGCCCGACGGCGACGUCGCCAUGGGCGAGGCCCCGCCGCUGGCCCAGAACCAGGUGCCGGUGAGCCUGAGGCCGGGCAUGGAGGUGAACAAGGUGGUCGAGACAUCCAAGGGCUUGUGGACGCCGCCCAGGAGAUGAAGAGGGGAGAAUGACAACGGGAGGAGGGCGGGCGUAGGAUGGUGACGAGACAGCAGCAGGGAGGGGGAGGUUCGGGGUCGGGGGGAGGGGAGGAGAGUUGCAGCGUUUGCAAAGAGAUGAAUUCAUUUCAUGAUAUCCGAAUGUAUCAAGCCUAUACGAUGCAUUUCUUUUGGUAUAUAUCUGGGUAGACGGGACAACCCGACGGGUGAGCAUGUUGUUCGCCCUACGGGCCAGGAGUUAUGUAUCCAGCUCAGCCCAACACGGGAGCUGGUAGAGAUGUGCAGCCUUUUUUUGUCAAAUAUCAAUCAUUAGGGCAAACCGGUGCAACGGGGCUUGUGACGUACAAGAAUACUGAUGCCAUCCUCAACUUCAUGA